AUGACUCAAGGGUAUUUCCUUGUGGUGAGUUAUUCGGUAAUGGACAGAAUUAUAGAGGAAGUAUCAUCACUAAAUAUAGGAUACCGAAUGGGACAGAAAAGAAUCAGCAUGGUAUGCUACGCCGAUGACGCAGCCAUUUUCGCGGAAACGGAGGACGACCUGCAGAAACAGCUUCACAGAUUCUACCAAGUCAGUCAAGCGAUGAAUAUGACCGUAUCUACAGAAAAAACGAAAAGCAUAACCUUUGCUAAAGACCCCGUGAGAUGUAAGUUGGUAGUUCAGGACAAAAUCAUCGAGCAAGUCUCACAAUUCAAAUACCUGGGUAUGGAUCUGUCGAGCCACCAUGAUCCAGCGAAGGACUUAAGAAGCCAGAUCAACAAAGCGACUGCCAUGUCGGGCUGCUUAAGGCAAACAAUAUGGGCGAACGAAUACAUGAGAUGGGAUAGCAAGGUAAAGAUAUACAAGACUUGUAUCAGACCAAUCAUGACAUACAGAAUAGAAACCAGAGAGGAAACCCACAAAACGAAGAGCAUGCUACGAGUAGCCGAGAUGAAAACGCUCAGGACAAUAAUGGGAAAAACAAGAAGAGACCGAAUUAAGAACACCGACAUCAGGGAACAAUGUGAGGUGCAAGACAUAGUAAGGUGGGGCAGACAAAGAAAAAGAGGUUGGUACGCCCACGUGAGAAGAAUGGAUGAGAGAAGACUGCCACGAAUUGCAUUAGAAGGGAAACCAACAGGGAAAAGAGAACCUGGAAGACCACCUAAGAGAUGGAAGGACAGCUGGCAGUCCACCUCCCAAGAACUGUUACAGAGGACCCAUCAAAAUUAA